AUCAAUAAUACCUCGGUGUGGGUUUUAUAUGAUGUUGGAGUGCGAAGGACGAUGAACCCGAGUUUUGUUUGCCUAGAUUUAGGGGCCCUUGUGAUACACAUAUCUACGUCUAGUUAACAAAAGAAGUUAGCGGAAAGAUGGCUGCCCGGAUGAGUAACUAACGUUACAGUCUCCAUUGAGAAGACACGUCUAAGUUGGUACUUUAUAUGUAUCUGGAUGAAGCAAGGAGGGUUACACUGUUGGAUGAAGCCAGGAGAUAGUGUGGAGGGUAUACUGUUGGAUGAAGAAGAUUCAGUUGACUGUUUCUUGCAUAUGUGGGCCAUGUUACAGGCUGGAUAGUAUGUAAAGAUUUUAGCCCCAUGAUGUGCGACUAAAGCUAAGAGUUAAAAUGCCACUAGUGACAGUUAUUGUCAUUGGUGCAGGGCAAAGGGGGAGGAUGUACAGUAACUAUGCAUUGGACUUCCCUGAAAAGCUGAAGGUUGUUGGAGUUGCUGAUCCCAACAUCGUAGCACGAAGUCAUCUGCAGAAAAUUCACAACAUUCCCGAUGAUAGACUGUAUGAUGAUUGGACCAAAAUAACAGCACAAGACAAGUUUGCUGAUGCUGUCAUUAUCUCAACUCCAGACCAUCUUCACAGAGACCCGGCCGUUGCAUGUGCUGUGGCAGGAUAUCACAUCUUGCUGGAGAAGCCUAUGGCAACAACAGAGCAAGGAUGUCGUGACAUAGUUGAGGCCUGUACGCUUAAUAGCAUCAUUCUGUCAGUCUGCCAUGUUUUACGUCAUUAUCCCCCCAUGAGCAAGAUUAAGGAACUGAUUGACAGUGGUGCUGUGGGUGAUGUUGUCAACAUACAACACAUCGAGCAGGUUGGAUUUUGGCACUUUGCACAUUCCUUUGUCCGUGGAAACUGGUGUUGUGAGGACAAAUCUACGUUUUCGCUACUUGCCAAAUGUUGCCAUGAUGUUGACCUCCUAUCGUGGUGGAUGAGCAAGUACAAAUGCACUGGGGUAUCUUCAUUUGGGUCGCUGUCCCACUUCAGAAAGGAAAAUAAGCCUCCUGGUUCAGCCACUAGAUGCCUAGACUGUAAGAUUGAGAAAGACUGCUGCUACUCAGCCAAGAAACUCUACUUGAACAUGUAUGAAAAGUCUCAUUGGUCAUCAACACUCUCCUUUUACUCCUACAUAGAAUAUUGUAAAAGCAUGGGUAUUUCUGAUUGGCCAGUUUCAGUUAUCUGCCAUGAACCAUCAAUAGACUCCAUCACGAAGGCUUUACAAAAUGGGCCAUAUGGACGAUGUGUGUAUGACAGUGACAAUGACGUGUGUGACAAUCAGGUUGUUAGUCUGCGCUUUUUUGGAGGACAUACAGCAACGCUAACUAUGGUGGCUUUUACAGAAAGUGUGUGUAAAAGAAUUGUCCGAGUCUUUGGAACAAAGGGGGAAAUUAACUUGAAUGCCAAGGGUGAAGUACAGCUUUAUGACUUCCUCAGUCAGCAGACGAUAGACGUUGGUAUAGAUUUCCCUUCAUCAGCUAGUGUGCGAAGAAGUGUAAUGGGCCAUGACAUUGCAGAUUUCUGUCUAAUAGACAACUUUGUCCAUGCUGUGGCAAUGAAGGACCCAUCUAUCGUUCCAGCAUCACCAAAAGAAAUUCUAAGCACUCAUCUACUGGUGUUUGAGGCAGAGAAAGCUAGGCGAGAAAACAGAGUCAUUUGCUUUGAUGAGUAGUGACAAAAUGUUGGCUGACUGAUCUGUCCUCUUCUGCAAUCCUGUCCAGUAGCCAUGUGGAAAGAAUAGUAAUCAUCAGAAGGGAAUUUGCAUAAAACAAACAUGAAAAGGGCCAAGACAUAAAUCCUCAGGUUGAAUGGUAGUAUAGAAAUCAAAACUGAAAGUAUAUUAAAGUAGGGCUGAAACUGGCACAUACGAAGUGAGACUCAAGCAAUGCAAGUUAGGCUCGCAUGCCUCUAUUGCAUGCCUCACACUCACACAAGUUUGUCUCAUAUUGUCAUGUUGUUUUGUGGUCUUCAUAUUUUAAUUGCUUUUCUCUGUAUCCUAUUUGUCUCUUAUUUUUAGCUUUGAAGUAGUAGAAUCAUUUAUGUCUUCUCAAAACAGGAUCUUCUGAUUUGAAAGUACAGUUGGCCUGACAAUCAAGGUAAUGUAAGUAAAAUCCCAUGUCAGAAAGUUCAAGUUUUCCUGCUGGAACAUGCUUUACGGUACACUAUAAUUCAGUAAUGGGAAUUCUUUGUGUUGCUGAUGGGAACAGGCCAUUGCCAUGUAAUGUGUGCAAAACAAUUUCAAGGUGUUCCUCUGGUAAAACUGUGUUGUUCCCAGUAGAAACAGUGUACAUGUAUCUUAACCCCUUCGCGCCGGGAAGUGUUAAGACACGCCAUAAAAAUUGAGAUCCUCAGCC